AUGUCCCAAGUAGAGUCUGGGCUCCUUACAUUGAUUAUACCAGCUCCUGUCAUGGCGUCUCAAGAUAUAUCAGAAGAUCGCUUCAAGCAUCACCUAGAAACUGUCCGAUUUUUAUUUGAUAGCAAGUUAGAUACAAUGGAAGCUUACACUACAAAAGUCAUUGAUAUCUGUAACAAGGCUCUAACUUCAGGAAACAUACGCCAUCCUCCAAUAACACAUCGGAUCAAGAAAUGGGAGUCGGCUGAGGGAACUCUUCGGCGACGCCAGAAAGAACGAAUAGCUCGUCAACGCCUUCGCUUUGUAGUUCAAUCAAAAGGUUGGAGUUGGCCGGACUGGUGUCGGAUCUUGGGCCAAGAGCAAUGUGAGGAAGAGAUAGGACCAUUUGAGGGUCCUCAUCAAAUUCUCGAUGCUUUACACGAUUUCAGUGGCCUUCGCACCUCGCUUUACUUCCCAGGGAAUGUAGAGCGAGUUGUCAGCCUACUAAGUAAUCGACUACAAGUCAUCAGCAAAUGGCGCAAAGAUCAGGAUUCCGACAUUGCACAAAAGCUCGAAAAUUGCAUCGAGGUACUUAACGAGCCUGGUGCUGCUGGAAAAGCAGCAGACCUCGUGAAGGGGGAGUUUCCAGGCUAUAGAGCGACUCAUCUGAUUGUAAAACUCGCGCCUAAGGACAUCCCACCUGCUAAAUUCCCCCCUUGGAAAGAUAUCAAAGUUGAAAUCCAAAUCGCCGCUUGCAUCGCAAGAUCAAAAGAUAUCUCGAGAGGAAGAACAAGUAUUGGACAUUAUCAACGGCAUCGUGAUGACAGGCGAAGGUGCCCUACGCCAACUCGAAACAUCUAUAGAAAGACGGCAGGAUCAACGGACAAAAGACAAUCUGCGUUCGCAAUAAGUCAUCAUGAAUUGGGUGUCUGGAUCGAAAAGUACUGUGCUGAACGUGCAAAACCGCUGGUUUCACAUGACUGGAAUCGCUUACCUGAGCUUUUUGAGAUUCUGAAAGCGACUGGCGAUCAUAAGCACUCAGAAGUUGAAUCAAUUGUUGAGGAAGUCUUCCAAGAUCAAGAGGAAGAAGCCCGGCGCGAUACCAUCUCUUUGUUCAUGUUACAAGUACUUUGCAGACGUAACCUUGAAGUCCAACCUCCAUCCCUAGAACUUAAUGGUGCCGGAAUGCUGGGCCCUACUGCCCAAUUCUGGGCUAUACAUUUUGUGCAUAGCCUCAAUAUGGCAACUUACCUAGGCGUCGAGGAAAAAUUCAUUGGCAUACUUGACAGACCUGAGCCAUCAUUGACAAAGAUACUUGAUAUCCUGCAUCCUUACCAUCCUCACUGUGGAGACGCUGCAGAUGCCCAAGCUAUAAUUUAUUACUGCCAUGGGCUUCUUCAUCGUCAGCAUAAUCCAUGGGUAAGAGUUGCGACUCUCUUAUCGCGUACCAUCGGUGUCAUUAGAACCACGGACUUCGGUGAUUCACAUGAUAUACUUGUACCAGGGAUCACGAGCAGGUUUUUCCAUCUCAAGUCGGUAUGUGUGAUCAACUCUAGCCUUGGAACUAGAAUCAUGGAUCUCGAACAGUACUGGAUCAUUGGGUUUGUGAGGUACUAUUUAGAUCGAGAAUCUUCGAGACUAUCAUACGAUGUUUGGGACCAAAUAAAGUUAUUGUCUACCGAGUCUAGGAGCCCAAUCGAUCAGCAAUUCUUCAAACCUUCAAAUGUGCCAUGGCAUCUAUUCGAAUUGUCCGACUCAAGGUCAUGGGAACUCAUUGAUCCGCCAAUCUUGACACUCAAACGGCUUGGGUCUAGAGUUUCGGCAAUUGACUCCCCCACAAUACAAGUAUCGUCGGACAGCGCAGAAGGCAUUCUGACCCUCCUAUAUCGACUGCACUGUCGAAAAAACUGGGCUGGAGUAGAAGAGAGUUACAAAUUGGCGCGUUCCUUAGGGCGUCCUUCUAUCCCCGAUUAUCUAAAUUCUCAUCCAGUGACACCACAAUCGCACCACGCUCCAGGAAUGGGGCAACUUCACAAUAUGCCUGGAGGAAAACCCCGCUAUGACAUACGCUACGGGGAAGCCUUCCACCACGUGCGCCAACCAUCGAAUCACUUCCAGCCAUUCCCGAAAGUACACGGGCCGACUGGCCAUUUGGCCCGGAGGAGUCGAAUUUGA